UGUAAGCAUAUGGGUUCAAAGUUUGUGAAGUAUGGCUGGGAAAAAAGGCACCUGUGUAACCCCUGGGAAAUCGUUUAACACCUUGAAGGGAGAGAUAUGUUAUUUUGGUUCACAUGACCACUACUACAGAGCAACUGUGACGAAGUACCACAACACCUAUACACCUCUCAAGUGUUCACUCUCCCACCAUGGGAGCUAUAUAAAAGCUGCAGCAGUCUCCCUGUCAAUUACUCGUCUAGUAGUGGUGAUAGCAGUAAUGCAUCCUUCCUUCCUUUUACUUGCUGCCCUUCUGGGUGUUGCCUCUCCUACUUUUGUUCAAGACUGUGGAUCCACAGCCGAAGUUGAGGAAGUAAGAAUCACUGACUGUGACAUUCCACCAUGCAUUCUUGAACGUGGGAAAGACAUCAUAGUUGAUAUAGACUUUAUCAACGCCAAAGCCUCCACUACAUUGACAACUAAAGUCUUUGGAACAAUAUCUGGUGUUGACAUUCCAUGGACUGGUGUUGUACCUGAUGCCUGUACCACACUUGUAGCUGGUGACUGCCCUCUUGAAGUUGAUGAAAAUGUUUCAUACUCUGCAGUUGCGCCAGUCCUGAACAAUUAUCCAACUGUAAGUGUCAUUGUGAGAUGAUUGGAGGAUGAUGAUGGUGAAACUACUGUCUGCUUUAUGGUGCCAGCACAACUUGUGUAAUAUGUACCAUGUUAUGGUAUAAUAAUGUAUUCAUUAAAAAAUAAUAAAAAUAAGCAAGCUGAACAAUAAAAUAUACUUCAUAA